AUGCUUAGACAUCUCAUCUGUGUUGCGCUGUGCUUGUUGACCUUCGUCUGUGCCGACAACAUUGACAAAAAUGCCGAAAUACGCAGCUUUCAAAGUGACGCUUCCGAUGCCGAGGGCAACUACCAGUUCUCCUAUGAGACCAGCAAUGGCAUUCAACGUCAGGAGGCCGGCAGUUUGGCCGGUGUGCGCGGCUCACUGAAUUACGUAUCGCCCGAAGGUGAGCGCAUCUCCUUGAGCUACACCGCCGACGAGGAAGGUUUUCAUCCGACCGGUGAUCACCUGCCGACGCCACCGCCGGUGCCAGCGUAUGUCUUGCGUGCCCUCGAAUAUAUACGCGCACAUCCACCACAACUGAAGGAGGAGCAAUAA